GGCUGAGGAAGGAAACAGCCACAAGCACCAUUUCUGUCAACAGCACACUAGACAAAGAUGAAAAAAGUGAAAGAAUAGAGAAGAGGAAAAAAGGAACCAUUUAAAAUGACAGGUCACACCGAAGCCUACAGCUGCAUACAGUGUGGUUCAAUGAAUAAGGAGGCAUGAUGACAUCCAAUAAAAACUUUAAAGCACCUUUAAAACAGCUGAGCAGCCUGGACAGCUACAUAAUCGACAACUCUCAAAAGAAGAAAAACAUACUGUGGCGACGACGCUCUUUCAGCAGUGCCAAAAAUUCGAAUACUGAAGAGAUCAAAGAUGGGACAUUGUCAUGCAGUAAGCUGCACAGAACACACUCAACAUCUCUAGUGGAUUAUACCGAUCCUCAGAGAACAAUGGUUAUAUUGGAGAAACAAGACAAUGAAGACUUUGGAUUCGAAGUUCAGACAUAUGGUCUCAAGGUGAAGAACAGCAGUAUGGUGGAGAUGUGUACAUUUGUUUGCAAAGUGCAGGAUGGCAGUGCAGCCGAAACUACAGGUUUGACUGCUGGUGACAUCAUAUUGUCAGUAAAUGGAUUCAGUAUUGAAGGAUCUACCCACCAGCACAUUAUUGAGUUGAUUCGAGAUUCCACUAACAUGCUGAAGUUGGAGACGGUCAGUGGGAGUGUUGUGAAGAGAAUUGAAUUAGAGAAAAAGAUGCACUAUCUUAAGCAAACCCUUCGUGAGAAAUGGGUGGAACUGCAAUCUCUCACACUUCAGGAAAAACGUCUUACUCGAGGUAAUCUGAAUGAAAGUGCUCAGCAUCUGUCUGUUGACUCUCUGAUGUCUCUCUCAUCUCCAACUGGCCGCUCUGGGCAGCGUUUUUCCAGUGACAGCAGUUGCCGUAGCAUAAUGACAGAUGAUAGUGAGGACGGAGCCUUCAUGUCAUCAGUAUUUGAUGACUCAAGUCCGUUCAGCCCAACUGAGCCAAAUGGAGGCUUCUUCCAGCUGGAAGGGGGGGCCUUGCGGCCCCUGACAAGAACACGCAGCGUUAGCCUGACCAGCAGUAACAGUUCACUCUCUCCGAGCUGGGAAAAUUCAACUUCUUCCAUGUUUGGGACGCUGCCAAGGAGAGGCAGGAAAGGUAGUGUCCGCAAGCACCUUCUAAAGUUCAUACCUGGACUGAAUCACUCCGUAGAGGAAGAAGAGGGCAGCUAAAACAUAAUUUCUACAACCAUUGACUGCUGAUCUGAUGAAUACUUUGACCUUGGGCAGUGGGAGAUUCAACCAGUUUGAAAUCUUCUGUUCUGAAAACAUUAUAGAAUUAAUGCAAUACAAGAACUGACGGGCAUUCAUGACUUUCCUGCUUUAAGUGUUGAAAUGAGGGGAGGAGUCUCACAUGAGCAUUACGGACUGCAUGGCAGCAAUCUUUGUGUUAUUUUCUGUGUUAUUUUUUUUUUCUCAAGGGACCAAAGCAUUAUGACUUCCCCAAGAUUCAGCACUGAAAUAAACAACUGGCAUUAACCAAACUGAAAAGCAACUGCAUUGAGAUAAUAUUUAGAAUUGUGCACAUUGCUUCCACUGCUCUAAUUGAGUGGUUUAGAUUUCAGUCCCACAAACUCAUGAAUGUGUCCUAGAUACUUGAUCUUGUAACUAAUCAAGAUCUCAUAGUCUCACAUCUGAUAUCUAUAUCUCACAUCUAUAGAUCUCGUAUCUGCUGUAGCAUGCAAAUGUGAGGGGGCUUAGUGGUUGAAGACAUAGGGGUGUGAGGAAGCCCUGACUCAACAUAGGCUUGUUGCUUCUCAAUGUUAAGCAUGCACCUUGCUGCGGUCCAAAAUGUCU